AUGGUGGUCCUGGAACGCACGCCGGGCGCCGCGCCGGGGGCCGCCUCUAGCCCGCUCCGGAAGUCGCCUAGGUUUUCGAGGGAGGUGGCCUCGCUGCCCUCGGACCCCAUCCUCCCGUACCUCAGGUCUAUCAGCAGGGCCAUGGAUGAGCUCGGGACAGGCCCUCAGUAUGACAUGGCAGCCUUAGACCGGCUCAAGCAUUACUUGAUCGAAUGCAUUUCAAAAUAUGGGGAUGACUACCAAUACUCCACUGAUCCACGGCUCCUCAAGAUCUGGAUCCUCUAUGCAGAUGCAACUGAGGACUUCCCCAGUGUUUACAACCAACUGGAGGAGAAAAGAAUGUUUCUGGAGCAUGCGCUACUCUAUGACUCGUAUGCACAGUAUCUAAUUGCUCAUGGGAAAGUGGUUGAGGCUGAUAAGGUGUACGGAAUUGGUAUUUCCAGGAAGGCGGAGCCCCUUGAUCAUUUGAAGAAGAUGCACUUGACGUUUCUGAAACAUUUGGAGAAUAUUGUAGAAGAAGCAGGCGCGGAAGCACAGCCCGAACCAUCAAAAAAACAGAAGAAUGAACCUUCUGUGGUAGAUCCGUGGUCUGCUUCUACUAGGAACACUUUACUGGAGACAAUUAAUGGUGACUUGAGGACAUUUUCUGGCUAUCAUAAGAGUAACAAGGUGUACUAUGGAAAGGUGCCCUUGACUUCUUCGCUGAAUGUUUUAAGAAACAAGGUCAUUGAGUUAGGUGGUAGAAAGUAUCAGAUCAAAGGAUCUACCGGCGCUGGUGCUUUUGCUAAAGUAUACAAAGCCACUGUUGAUGGUAAUACAGAAGAAAUGGUUGCUUUGAAGAUUCAGAAUCCCUCAUAUGCUUUGGAAUUUUACAUGUAUCGCCAACUUGAUCAGCGUAUAUCUGAUGUCGAGAGACCAAGCUUUGGCUACGCGCAUGAGAUGCAUAUCUUCUCCGAUGUCAGUGUGUUAGUUUGUGAUUACCUGCCGUACGGAACUCUCCUGGAUGUCAUAAAUUCUCACUUAGUAAAAGGUCGGUACAUGGAUGAAGUUCUAUGCAUGUAUUAUACCAUAGAGAUGCUGAACAUGCUGGAAACACUGCAUAGUGUUGGCAUAAUACAUGGUGAUUUCAAGCCUGACAACAUCCUUGUUUGCUACCCAAGUGGAGAGAUCACAGAGGACACUUUCCGAAGUGAAAAAAAAGAUGAGAAGAACCAGGGGCUCUGCCUUGUUGACUGGGGCCGUGGCAUUGAUCUGAAUCUUUUCCCCUCCCCCACGGAGUUCCACGGGGACUGUGGAACCUCAGGAUUCAGGUGCAUCGAGAUGCAAGAACAUAGAAACUGGACUUAUCAGGUCGACACAUACGGCCUCUGCGUCGUUGCGCACAUGAUGCUACAUGGGACAUGCAUGAGCGUCGAGAAGUCGUGCGUGCCUGGGGUUGGUGCGAAGCAACUGAGCAAGCAACUGGUCCGUCGUCCCAAUGUGGUUGGAUACUUGGAUCGCAGGUACUGGAACGUUGAUCUGUGGCAGAAGCUCUUCACGACGCUGCUGAACCCGCCCUCGAACGACAGCGACGUGGCCGCGCUCCAGAGCCUGCGGGCGUCUUUCCGGGUGUACAUGUGCAGCAACCGGCAGCUCGUCGGCAAGCUGAACCAGAUGCUGGCGAAGCAGAAGGCCUCCCUGUGCUCGUCCUGA